AUGGCCCUGCUGCUUGUGGGGCUCCUGCUGCUCCUGGGGCUCUGGGGGCUCCUCCGCACCUGCACCCACACCUCCUCCCCGGCCCCCCGCUGGCCCCCGGGGCCGCGCCCGCUGCCCCUCAUCGGGAGCCUACAUUUGCUGCGAGUGUCACAGCAGGACCAGUCGUUGAUGGAGGUAGGUCAGGGCAGGCACGGGCCGGUGUUCACUGUCCACCUGGGGCGCCAGAAGACGGUGGUGCUGACCGGCUACAAGGCGGUGAGGGAGGCCCUGGUGGGCACCGGACAGGAGCUGGCCGGCCGACCCCCCAUCGCCAUCUUCCAGCUCAUCCAGGGAGGCGGGGGCAUCUUCUUCUCCUCCGGGGAGCGCUGGAGGGCCGCCCGCAAGCUCACCGUGCGCACCCUCCACGGCCUGGGCGUGGGGAGGGCGCCCGUGGCCGUCAAGGUCCUGCAGGAGCUGAGGUGCCUCACGGCACAGAUGGACAGCUACGGAGGCCGGCCCUUCCCGCUGGCCCUGCUCGGCUGGGCUCCCUCCAACAUCACCUUCAUGCUCCUCUUCGGCCAGCGGUUCGACUACCGGGAUCCCGUGUUCAUGUCCCUGAUGGGCCUCAUCGACCAGGUCAUGGUCCUCUUGGGGACGCCCAGCCUGCAGCUGUUCAACAUCUACCCUUGGCUCGGGGCCCUCCUCCAGCUGCACCGGCCCGUCCUGCGGAAGGUGGAGGCGGUGCGGGCCAUCCUGAGGACCCUCCUGGAGGCACGGCGGCCCCCCACGCCUGGGCGAGGGCCCGUGCGGAGCUACCUGGACGCCCUGAUCCAGCAGGGCCAGGGGAAAGACCCCGGGGGCCUGUUUGCCGAGGCCAAUGUGGUGGCCUGUGCUCUGGACAUGGUCAUGGCUGGCACAGAGGCCACGUCCACCACGCUGCAGUGGGCCGCCCUCCUGGUGGGCAAGCACCCGAGCGUGCAGGGCCGGGUGCAGGAGGAGCUGGACCGAGUGCUGGGGCCUGGGCCCCCCCGGCUGGAGGACCAGCGCUCCCUGCCCUACACCAACGCCGUGCUGCACGAGGUCCAGCGCUUCAUCACCCUCCUUCCCCAUGUGCCGCGGUGCACAGCCUCCGACACCCAGCUGGGUGGCUACCUGCUCCCCAAGGGCACGCCCGUGGUGCCCCUCCUGAGCUCCGUGCUCCUGGACAAGACGCAGUGGGAGACCCCCCGCCAGUUCAACCCGGGCCACUUCCUGGAUGCCGACGGGCGCUUCGUGAAGCAGGCGGCCUUCCUGCCUUUUUCUGCAGGCUGCCGCGUCUGCGUCGGGGAGAGCCUGGCUAGGUCGGAGCUGUUCCUGCUGUUCGCAGGCCUUCUGCAGAGGUACCGCCUGCUGCCCCAGCCUGGCCUCAGCGCCGCCACCCUGGACACCACGCCCACCCUGGCCUUCACCACGCGGCCGCCGGCCCAGGCCCUGUGUGCGGUGCCCAGGCUGCAGGGGCGCUGACCACGAGAGGCCUGGCCUGACUAUGGGACAAAGUCCCAGGGCCGGGGAGGGUCUGAGUCACUCCCAGCUUGGGGUGCUUGGCAGGUGAUGGAGACAGGACGGAAGGACGGAUGGCUCCCCCCCACUGGGCUCUCUGCCGUGGCCACCACAGGCUGCGUAUCCCAACCCCGGCCGGAGAGCCCCACCCAGCAGGGCCAGCGUCACCAGACAACACCUGCCAGGCACAGAGGUGCCACCCACCUGCAGCUGGGGAUGCAGGCAGAUGGCAGGGGCUGCUGGGCUCCGGGAUGACGUCCACCAGAGGCCAGCCUCAGACCAGCGUUCCCGUUUGCUCUGUGCCGUGCCAGGCCCUGCCCUGGGUCCAGCGGGUCUCCUGCAGACCCCACCCCGUUCUCAGAGGUCCUGGGCACCGUGCCCAGGCAGCACUCUGCCCCUGGAGCCAGGCCCCUGAGCCCUGGGGCCACCACAGAGACGCCCUUAGCAGAAGACCAGCUAGCCGAGGGGCAGCAGCCACCCAGAGGGCUCAGGCGGGGCUCAGGCGGGAAGGAUGAGCAGGAGUCUGCAGGGAAGCCGCCUCCACAAGCCCCUCCCCAACUCCUCUUCCACAUCUGCCCCCAGACCCUCCCCAUGAACCGGUUCCUUGUCUCUGGGUGGAGGUCACCUCUCUGAGGAAGAGCACACAGAGGGGCCAGCUGGCGGUGGGUGGAGGGCCGGGGCCCGGGACAUAGCAGGAGGUUAGCAAUGCUGGCGGAUUCUGCACAAAGUGCUGAGAUCACACCGAUGCCUUCCCAACACCUUCUCCAUGAGCUGGAUGGGGGCCAACAAGCCGCGGCUUCCGCCCUCCUGGAGCUCGGAGCUUGCCGACCGGACCGGAGGGAGGCACAGGGCUGGGGGCACACAGGAAAAGCCUCUUUUCCCAGCUGGGCACCAGAGGGCCUUCCUGGAGGAGGGUGGACACUGGGGAGCAUCAGAUGAGUACAAAUUAAAAAGCCUGACCACGCUAAGUGUCACUGACCAUGUGGGGAGGCUACCCUCGGGACGUGAACUGGUGAGCAAGGUGGGCUGGGAGAGCAAGGCCCAGGGCUUCCAGUG